GGCGCGGCGGCGGCGGCGCCGAGCGCGUCCCGGCCCCGUCCUGGCCCGAGCGGAGCCGCCACCGGAGCAGCACCGGAGCCGCCCCGGAGCUGCGGCCGCGAUGGCUUCGCCCCCCCGCGCCGCCGCCGCAUGAAGGUUCGCGGGGCCGGGGCGGCGGGAGCGGCCGGGGAGGCGGCGCGGGGGGGCCCGGGAGCGCGGAGCCGGCAGCGAAACGGGCUGGAGCCGGGGGGCGGUGCUGCGCCCCCCACAACGCCGCUGCCCGCCGGGGCUGCCGGUAACCGGCUCCCGGUGCUCCUGAAGAAGAUGCACUUGUUCCGGAGCUGCAGCUACGAGAUCCGGCUGGAGGGCGAGGGGGGCAGCCGACCCCCCAUCCAGGGCAUCCGCUGGACCCCGCUUUUGGAGACUGAAUCCACCCUGGACUAUGGACACAGCCUCACCCAGGCAUCCCCGGAGAAGAUCUGGCGUGCGGGAAAGCUCCUGUUCACCCACCUCACCAGCUCCCGCCCCAGCCUCAUCCGGGACCACAAGCAUCACCUGCGGCACCACAGGCAGUGCUGCUCGGGGAAGGAGCUGGUGGACUGGCUGCUGAGCGCCGGGUUGGCCGUGCAGACACGCAGCCAGGCUGUCGGCAUCUGCCAGGUGCUGGUGGACGGUGGCAUCCUGACCCACGUGAAGCAGGAGUGGCAUUUCCAGGACAAGGACACCCAGUUUUAUCGCUUUGCCGAGCUGGAGCUGAGCCCCGAGCCCGGCGCUGGGCUGCGGGAUGCGGAGGAGCUGCUGGAGGCACUGGCCUUCCUAGCCCAGCUGGGCCCUGACGCGCUGCUCACCAUGGCCCUGCGCAAACCGCCUGCCCAGCGCACAGAGGACGAGCUGGAGCUCAUCUUUGAGGAGCUGCUGCACAUCAAAGCCGUGGCUCAUCUCUCCAACUCGGUGAAGCGGGAACUGGCGUCCGUGCUGAUGUUCGAGUCGCACCCGAGAGCGGGCACCGUGCUGUUCAGCCAAGGAGACAAAGGCACCUCAUGGUACAUCAUCUGGAAGGGCUCGGUGAACGUGGUCACCCACGGCAAGGGCUUGGUGGCCACCCUGCAUGAAGGGGACGACUUUGGGCAGCUGGCGCUGGUGAACGACGCGCCACGGGCAGCCACCAUCAUCCUGCGGGAGGACAACUGCCACUUCCUCCGCGUGGACAAGCAGGACUUCAACCGCAUCCUCAAGGACGUGGAGGCCAACACUGUGCGCCUGAAGGAGCACGGGAAGGUGGUACUGGUCCUGCAGAAGAACCUGCAAGGAGGCAGCAACCAGCCAACCCCGGCACGGAGCAGCAGGUACUUUGUGAUGGCUGGGACGCCGGAGAAGAUCCUGGAGCAUCUGCUGGAGUUCAUGAGGCUGGACGCCACCCUCUACGACCCCGUGGACACGCUGUUGGGGGAUUUUCUGCUGACCUAUACCGUGUUCAUGCCGACCACGCAGCUCUGCAGAGCUCUGCUCCACCAUUUCCGUGCGGAGCCACUGGAGGGGUCAGAGCAGGACAAGGCCACCUACUCCCUGCACAAGCGCCGGAAGAUCCUGCGGCUGGUGAGCCAGUGGGUGCUGCUCUACGGGCGGCUGUUGCAGGGCGACCGCAGCACCACGGCCCUGCUGCAGAACCUGGCGGACCUGGCGAGCCGGGACCCCCGCCUGGGUGGGAUGGUGCAGGAGCAAGGACAGGAGCGGCGGCGGCCCUGGGCAACGGAGAAUGGAGAUGGCAGCCUUUCUCCCCAGCCCAAGGCUCGGAGCUCAGCGAGCUGGCUGGCGAGCCAGGAGGAGGCGACUCUGAACAGCAGCUGUGCCUUAAGAGCCCAGGACAAAGUGCCCUACGAGAUCUACAGAGCCGACCACUCGUGCCUGGUCACCGUGCUGCCUGUCAACGCCUCGGUGCGGGACGUCCUGCGGUCACUCGCCCCGCGGCUCGGCCGGCAUGGGGAGCACGUCCUGGUGAAGGUGAAUUCAGCUGGAGAUAAAGUGGGGCUGCAGCCGGAUGCCGUGGGUGUGUUCACGGCGCUGGGGCUCAAUGAGCGGCUCUUUGCCGUCAGCGUGGAGGAGCUGGGCAGCCUGACCCCCCACCCUGAGCAGCUGGGCCCCCACGUCGGCUCCUCAGAGACCCUGGACCUCAUCAGCUCCAAGGACCUGGCCAGUCACCUCACCGACUACGACUGGAACCUCUUCAAGAGCAUCCACCAGGUGGAAAUGAUCCACUACAUCGUGGGGCCACAGAAGUUUCACGAGGUGACCACGGCCAACCUGGAGCGGGUGAUGCGGCGGUUCAAUGAGCUGCAGUACUGGGUGGCCACUGAGCUGUGCCUGUGCCCCGAGGUGGGCCGGCGAGCCCAGCUCCUCCGCAAGUUCAUCAAACUGGCUGCACACCUCAAGGAGCAGAAGAACCUGAAUUCCUUCUUUGCGGUGAUGUUUGGUGUGAGCAACACGGCCGUCAGCCGCCUGGCCAGGACCUGGGAGAGGCUGCCCCACAAGAUUCGAAAGCUGCACUCGGCGCUGGAGCGGAUGCUGGACCCGUCGUGGAACCACAGGGUCUAUCGCUUGGCCGUCGCCAAGCUGAGCCCCCCCAUCAUCCCCUUCAUGCCCCUCCUGCUCAAAGACAUGACGUUCAUCCACGAGGGCAACCGCACAAUGGCCGAGAAUCUCAUCAAUUUUGAGAAGAUGCACAUGAUGGCAAAGACCCUGCGUGUCCUGCAGCGCUGCCGGGGCCAGGCGCACGCUCCGCUGUCCCCGCUGCGAAGUCGCUCCCCGCACCGGCCUGAGGACCCCAAGUCCGUCAGGAUCUCCACGUGCUCGGAGCAAUCGCUGAGCGUGCGGAGCCCCGUCUCCACCUGGGCGUACCUGCAGCACCUGAAAGCCAUCGACAGCCAGAAGGAGCUGCUGCGGCUCUCCCGUGACCUGGAGUCCUGACAGGCCCGAGGGGACCAGAGCAGGGACGCGUCACCCUGUGUCAGUGGCAGGGGCAGCCCCGCAGCUCUGCUCCCGGUGGCACCGGGCACGGGGCUGCACUGGAGCCGCCCGGGAGCCGCCUCUGCUCAGCUGUGCUGUGGGUGCCAGGACCAGCACCGCGAGGCAGCCGGGAGCCCGCGGGGCUGCAGGCGGGCACAGGGAGCAAUAGAGAUAUUUUUGUACACAAGGCUGCGCUCCCCUGUCUCCGUGCAGCAGCUGGGAUUCCCUCCCUGCACCGGCCGGGGGGCGAUGGAGCCCUGGCUGCCCCCACAGUGCUGCCCACCCUGGGAGAGGCCCCGUAUUGAGCCAGAGCAUCCCUGUACACGGGGGACACCAUGGCUGUCCCCAUCGGGGCGCAGACACCCAGGCUGAGCUCAGGGUCUGGCUCGUGCUGCUCUGCUGACCCACAGAUCUGGGGGGCAGCCCUACAGGGGACCUGUCCUUCCCUCUGUCCUGUGUGUCCCCUGGGGGUGCUGGCUGCAUCCCCUGUCCCCCACGACCCCAGGAGCCAUGAGAAAAGUGACUUUAUCCCCAUCAGGACUGCUGGGGUUUAAACCAACGUGUGCUGCCAGAGCUUGGGAUGAUCACAACCUUCUCUGUGCCUCAGUUUCCCCACAUGGAUGGGGCAGGAAUAGCUGCAUACGGCUGUGGCGCAGAGGCAGGACAGCAGCUCUUAUGGAAGGACACUGGUGGCCUCAUGAUGGAGAUGAUGACCUGCUUGGGCUCUCCCCAACCGGCGACCAGUUGCUGCUGAGCCCUGAGCAGAGGUUUGGGGGAGAUGUCUUCAGAGAGGACAGAGCUGAUGGACCUCAGGGGUGAGGACCCCCAGAGCAUCUCUGGAUGCACAUGGAGCAGUUUUAGCAACAACCUCCCAACCGGAAUGAAGCUGCGGGGUUGGGGGCCGAUCGCCACCCCAAAAGCUCCCGCAUUUGUUGGGUACCAGCAUGGGGGGCUCACAGCUCCCCAGCCGGGACACCACAGAGCCACAGCAAAGCCAAAGCCACCCCAGCCUUGCCCCAGGUUGGGCGACAAGGGACCCAAGCGCUGCUGCAUGAAUUGCGCUUUUCAGUCUCGCAAUGCAAAUGAACGGGUCGCUUCAAAUAAAAGAGUCCCCGUUGCACCUAAAUAA